CAUGUGCAGUUGAGUCCACGUUGGGAUAAAACCGGCUUAGCAGAAAGGUUUGGACCUCUUCCGGGCGUCAGCAUAUUUAUCGUAUGUGAUUUUGUCACACUUGAAGCCAUGGUGCUUGAUAUUGAGCUUUUUCGUGGUGACAAAGGUGGAGAUCCUGCAAAGGUCCGCGAGAAUCAAGCUAAGAGAUUCAAAGAUGUUACUCUCGUCGAUAGAGUGGUGGAAAAGGACACUGCUUGGAGAAAAUUGAGGUACAGAGCGGAUCUUUUAAAUAAACUGAAGAAUGUCUGUAGCAAGGAAAUAGGAGAGAAGAUGAAGAAAAAGGAGCCUGUAGGUGAUGACGAGACAGUGCCUGAUGAAAUGGUCUCUAACAUUGAUGAGCUGAAGCAGGACCAACUAAAGGAUCUUACAGUAACUCAAAUAAAGCGAAUACGUCAGAUUAUUGAUGAUCAGAUGAAGGACAAUGACCGUCUCUUACUGGAGACAGAAGAUUCAAGAAAUGAGAGUCUCCGAGAGAUUGGCAACAUGUUGCAUGAAUCUUGCAUCAUCAGCAACAAUGAGGAUGAGAAUGGAGUAGAGCGGACAUUUGGCGAUGUCACAACAAAGAAGAAAUAUUCGCAUGUGGACCUCGUGGUGAUGGUAGAUGGUGUGGACAGUGAGCGGGGUUCUGUGACUUCAGGUGGCCGCGGAUACUAUUUGAAGGGGCCCUUGGUAUUUCUGGAGCAAGCUCUAAUUAAUCACGCCAUGACCAUGCUGUACAGCAAGGGUUACCAGGCACUGUACACGCCAUUCUUCAUGCGCAAGGAGGUCAUGCAGGAGGUAGCGCAGCUCUCCCAGUUUGACGAGGAACUCUACAAGGUAAUUGGCAAAGGUAGUGAGAAAAAGGAAGAGGGUGAUAUUGUUGAUGAGAAAUACCUGAUUGCCACAUCAGAACAGCCCAUUGCUGCCUACCACCGUGAUGAGUGGAUUCCAACAGAGAGCCUACCUCUACGCUACAUGGGAUAUUCAACUUGCUUUCGACAGGAGGUAGGCUCCCAUGGGCGGGACACCAGAGGCAUCUUCCGUGUGCAUCAGUUUGAGAAGGUAGAGCAGUUUUGCAUCACUUCACCAUUUGAUAACAAGUCUUGGGAGAUGUUUGAGGAGAUGAUUGGCAAUGCAGAGGGAUACACCCAGUCCUUGGGAAUUCCAUACCGUAUAGUGAACAUUGUGUCAGGAGAAUUGAACAAUGCUGCAUCCAAGAAGCUGGAUCUGGAAGCUUGGUUUCCCGGAUCUGGAGCAUUCCGUGAGCUGGUGUCAUGCUCAAACUGCACAGACUACCAGUCGCGCAGACUUCGCAUUCGGUAUGGCCAGACGAAGAAAAUGGGACAAGAGGUACAAUAUGUGCACAUGUUAAAUGCAACAAUGUGUGCAACAACACGAGUGAUAUGUGCAAUUCUAGAAAACCACCAAACAGAUGAUGGAAUCAUUGUACCCGAGGUUCUACGAAAGUUCAUGCCUCCAGGUAUUGACGAAAAGAUUCCAUUCGUAAAGGCUGCCCCAAUUGAUGAGCAGGAGACCAAAAAACAGAAAAAGCAUAAAGAGGCUCAAGCGAAGAAAGACAAGGCAGAUCCAGAACAAUAAAGAUUGCAGCCAUGAUCCCAUUCAAAUGAUUGCAGUGCAUGCAGACCAGGCCAGAGAGACCACUUGCCACACGAAUGCCACAUUGCUUCAUUGGUAAAUCCCAUCCAGCAACACAGACCUGAAAAAAUUUGUUAAGCGGCUGCAAAUUCACUCUUUUUUAUGUACAUGCAUUAGAGACUUUUUUGUUUUGACAGUUGUCUAGAAUGGAAUAAUGUUUCGUCUGCUUUUGUGUAAUCACGUUAUGCUUAAAGUUAAAUUGAUCCAUGCAAAAUUUUAGGUAAGACUACACACUCAAUUUUUCAUCAGUAAUCAUGUACAAUCUGCAACCUACAUGCUAAAUUUAGUCUGUGGUGGUAGGGUGUGGAGUCCAGAUAAAUGGGCUGCAGGUUGUUGGUGUAUCAGGACCCAUUUGAUGACAUUUUGUGUGGCACCAUUCAGCCUGACACUAAGGACACAGGGUGAAGGAAAAUGUAGUGCUGCUGUUGUCUUGACAGUAACAAGCACAACAUGGUGUCUGGCAUCAACCUUUAUUUAUUAAUGGCAUUUCUUGUGACAAAUAUCACUCAUGUCAUGAGAACACAAUAAAAAUUCACACCUA